GAUCUUUCUCGCAAUGCCUUCUGGAUAUAUAUCCCUCUACGAGAACAGCCAAAGGUCCUUUCUCUUUUAUGUAGUCGCCAAUGUUGGCCCUCGAGGAAGCAUCCGUCCGCUCGCUGUCGCCUACCGCCAAGGCAAUGAUGUCAGCCCCUCGCCUCAGGCACGUAUCGAAAAUCUCGUCAACGACAUUCUGAGUCUGCUCAAGGUCCUGUCGGAGCCCGCGAACCGUGCCUCCCUUGAGGCAGAGCGGGCACGGGCGAAGGAAUGGUAUCUCCAACGCCAGGAAGCGGGUACAGAAGCAAGAUCGGAUGCGCUGCCUGACUCGCCGCAACCUCCAUUCCGUGGCUGGAAGGAUGAAUGGACGCCGAUUUGGCAGCCUGAACUACCGCAAAAUGUCGCACCUAGAGAUUUUCCCGUUACUAGUACGUGCCUUGUAGAGGGUUUGUUAAGGGGCAAUGAAAGCACUCGCACCAGCGACGUGCAGUUUCAGCCGCUAUCAACUCCCUUUCAUGGCGACUGUUUGGAAUAUGGCAUGGUAGUCAUUAACGUUUCGAACAUUGAGCGCAUAAAGUAUGGCAUUGUCGCCUUUCCCAUCCGCUAUAUGGCCGACGUGAUUUAUCACUCCCCAGAUGGUGAAUGGGAUCCGGUGGAAGAUGAUCCACCCAGGAAAGAGCCGGAUAAGGUACUUGUGGACAAGAGGCCGCGCGUACCCUUAUCCAUUCUGGGCUAUCUGGAUAGAUACUUUCCUAGCGCCUUAGUUCUGAGGAAGGAUUCAAAAGUCCUUGAGCUUGAGGCCUGCCCGUGUGUUAAAGACCCAAGUGUUCUAGACUAUAUAUGGCCUUUUGAUCCAAAAGAUGCAUCUCCUGUGGAGUCGAGCGAGCAGUCAUGUUCGUCAAAGUGUAAUAUUAUGUAGUUGGGUAAGCUAUUCAUAAUCUUUCUCGCUCUUGCAUAAGUCUGAUACUGGGUUUCUAUAAUUAAUUGAC